AUGUCGGCAAAAGGCCAACAAUCUGACAAUAUGUACAAUACUCAUCAGGAAUACAAUACUCAUCAGGAAUACAAUACUCAUCAGGAAUACAAUACUCAUCAGCAAUCUUCCGCCUCGACCUCUUAUUCACCGGAAAAGUCAGAUAAAUAUGAGUCUGACAAGGACGGGAACAGCACCAAACUAGAUCAAGUCGAUCGAAUUCAACGGUCUUCGAGUGAAGAUGUCGAUGACUCGAGGGUCCGCGAACUAGCACGAACAUGGACCCAACAUUCAACAUACUCGGAGGUCAAUGGAAAUCCCUUCGAGAGCGAACCGGGAUCAGUACUCGAUCCUUAUUCGGACAACUUCAGCCCUUAUGCAUGGACCAAAGCCAUGCUGAAAUUGGCAGAAACAGAUGGUCAAAGUUAUAAAGGCCGAAAGGCGGGUGUGGCGUUCAGAAGUUUAAAAGCAUAUGGUUACAGCUCCGGCGCAGAUUUUCAGAAGACCGUCGGCAACGUGUUUUGGCAGGCAUGGGGCUCACUUCAGAGCUUGAUGGGCGUGAGCAAGCGCCGCGUCCAUAUCCUUCGAGACCUAGACGGCGUUGUGUACCCAGGGGAGAUGUUAGUCGUCCUUGGUCCUCCGGGAGCAGGCUGUUCAACGUUCCUGAAAACACUCGCUGGAGAGACGCAUGGCUUCACUAUUGACACAGACUCAUAUCUGAACUACUCUGGCAUUAGCUUUGAGCAGCUUAAGACAAACUUUCGUGGUGAGGCCAUCUAUACUGCCGAGCAGGACGUGCACUUUCCCCACCUCACCGUAGGGAAUACUCUCUACUUCGCCGCCCGUGCUAGGACUCCAAGAUUUAUUCCCGGUGGGGCCACACGAGAGCAGUACGCCGUACACUUGCGGGAUGUUAUAAUGGCUACAUUCGGCAUCAAGCAUACGAUCAACACUCGAGUAGGCAACGAAUACAUACGCGGAGUUUCCGGCGGAGAGCGCAAACGUGUGAGCAUCGCCGAAGCAGCUCUAAUUGGCGCUCCUCUUCAGAUGUGGGACAACUCCACCAGAGGUUUAGAUAGUGCCAAUGCUGUGCAGUUCUGCAAGAACCUGAGAAUCCAGACAGAAGUAAAGGACGUGACGGUGGCAGUAGCCAUUUAUCAAGCGCCCCAGUCAGCCUACGAGAUUUUUGAUAAGGUCAUUCUCUUGUACGAGGGACGUCAGAUUUUCUUCGGCCCAACGAAUAAAGCCAAGGGAUACUUCGUUGAGAUGGGCUUCGAGUGCCCGGAUUGUCAGACUGUCGCUGACUUCCUUACCUCAAUGACGAGCCCGAAAGAACGAGUGAUCCGGCCAGGCUUUGAAGGCAGGGUUCCGAGAACAAGUGAAGACUUUGCUCUCAGAUGGAAGGAUAGUCAGCAAAGAAAAAGCCUCUUGGCCGACAUCGACGAGUUUGGGAGAGAGUACCCCAUUGGUGGCGAAAACCUACAGGCAUUCCAAGAAUCAAUGAAGAUGCAGCAGGCCAAGAACGCAAGGCCAGGGUCACCAUACACACUCUCAUAUGUGCAACAAGUUCGCCUCUGUUUGUGGCGGGCAGUUGUGCAACUAAUAGCUGAUCCAAGCAUAACCCUAACUCAACUUAUUGGCAACUUUGUCAUGUCGCUUAUUAUUUCUUCAGUCUUUUACGACCUUGACGAAACGGCCGCGUCCUUCUUCUCUCGUGGAGCACUCAUUUUCUUUGCUAUUCUAAUGGGAGCAUUUGGAUCAGCUCUAGAAAUCCUCUCGAGAUAUAGCCAGCGUCCGAUUGUCGAGAAGCAUAGUCGCUAUGCAUUAUAUCACCCUUCGGCUGAGGCGAUCGCGUCGAUGUUAUCUGAUAUGCCUUACAAGAUCCUCAACGCCAUUACCUUUAACAUACCCUUAUACUUUAUGACAAAUCUACGACGAGAAGCUGGCCCAUGGUUCUUUUAUCUCCUCAUAUCCUUCACAAUGACGUUGACAAUGAGUAUGCUGUUCCGCGGUAUUGCUUCGGUAUCUAGGACCUUAGAGCAGGCAAUGACUCCCGCAAGUUUAGCUAUUCUGGCGCUGAUCAUCUAUACUGGAUUUGCGAUUCCGACUGAUUAUAUGCUUGGCUGGGCUAGGUGGAUCAACUAUCUCAAUCCUGUCGCAUAUGGAUUCGAGGCGCUAAUGAUUAACGAAUUUUCAGGCCGUACCUAUAGGUGCGUUGCCUCGCUGCUCGUCCCCAAUUACUCGGGCGCAGACCUUUCCAAUCAAGUCUGUUCCGCUGUCGGAGCAGUACCUGGUCAGACAUUCGUCGACGGCGACACCUACCUGCGCGUGGCAUUCGACUACUCGGCAGCGCAUCGGUGGCGGAAUUAUGGUAUUCUGUGGACAUUCUUGAUUGGAUUUAUGACGGCCCAUAUCUUGACUACCGAGUAUAUCCAGGCGAAAAAGUCGAAGGGUGAGAUCCUCGUCUUUCGAAGGGGUGUCAUGCCAGCCUCGCUCCAAGGUUACAAGGAAGACGUCGAAGCGCCCAGUACAGGCGAUAACACGAAAGUUGAAAAAAGCGGAAAGGACACCUCCGAUAUAAUCCAAAGACAGACCGCAAUAUUCCAGUGGAGAAACGUGUGCUAUGAUAUUAAGAUCAAGGGUCAACCGCGUCGAAUUCUAGACAACGUCGAUGGGUGGGUGAAGCCAGGGACACUAACUGCACUUAUGGGCGUUAGCGGUGCCGGUAAAACCACGCUUCUAGAUGUGCUGGCAACCAGAGUCACCAUGGGCGUUAUAUGUGGGGAGAUGUUAGUGGACGGCCGCCAACGUGACAGCUCCUUUCAGCGUAAAACGGGUUACGUCCAGCAGCAGGACCUCCACCUAGAAACGUCGACAGUCCGCGAGGCCUUGAAAUUCAGCGCCGUGCUUAGGCAACCUGCUACUGUUCCUUACAAGGAGAAGGUUGCGUACGUUGAUGAAAUUAUUGAACUUCUCGAUAUGGAAGAGUACGCUGACGCAGUUGUUGGCGUUCUGGGAGAGGGGCUAAAUGUUGAGCAACGGAAAAGGUUAACAAUUGGAGUAGAGCUUGCCGCAAAGCCCCAGUUACUGCUGUUCCUUGACGAACCAACUUCGGGUUUAGACUCUCAGACAUCAUGGUCUAUCCUCAACUUACUGGAAAAGCUGACCAGGAAUGGACAAGCCAUUCUAUGCACUAUUCACCAACCUUCCGCGAUAUUAUUUCAACGUUUUGAUCGUCUCCUGUUCCUUGCUAGGGGGGGGAAGACAGUUUACUUUGGACCCAUUGGACGAUCUUCCAAAACACUUACGUCCUAUUUUGAGACAAACGGCGCACAUCCAUGCCCUCCAGAGGCGAAUCCUGCGGAAUGGAUGCUCGAAGUUAUAGGCGCAGCCCCCGGUUCCCACACGGAUAUUGAUUGGCCUCUUGUGUGGAAACAGUCGCACGAGUACUACGAGAUGCAGCGCGAGCUUCACACCAUGAAGGCUGAGCGUUUGCAGUUGGCACCCGUAGCGGAUCUUAACGACAAAUCUAUCUACCGGGAAUUCGCUGCCUCAUUUCUUCUUCAAUACCUUGAGGUACAGAAGCGUGUGUUUCAACAACACUGGCGAACUCCGACCUAUAUUUAUCCCAAAUUCGCUAUGUGUAUCUUGGCUGCCCUUUUCAUUGGGUUUUCCUUCUUCCGAGCGGAGAAUACUCGACAAGGCUUACAAAACCAGAUGUUUGGUAUAUUCAUGCUAAUGUCAAUAUUUGGACAGCUCGUGCAGCAGCUAAUGCCGAUCUUUGUACGCCAGCGGUCCUUGUACGAAGUUCGAGAGCGCCCAUCAAAGACUUACUCUUGGAAAGCAUUUAUGCUGUCGAACAUCAUUGCCGAAUUCCCUUGGAACUUGGGCUGUGGAGUUGCACUGUAUUUCUGCUGGUACUAUCCCAUUGGGCUAUGGCGCAACGCCGAACCGACCCACGCGGUGAGCGAGCGAGGAGCACUUAUGUGGCUUCUUAUUGUGAGCUUCUUGUUCUUCACCACAACGUUUUCGCAUAUGGUCAUUGCUGCUAUCGAGUCCCCCGAAACAGGUGGCAAUGUGGCAAACGUGCUCUUUUCACUAUGCCUAAUCUUUUGCGGUGUAUUGGCUACAUCAGAUAGUCUGCCAGGAUUCUGGAUAUUUAUGUACCGCGUCUCACCCUUUACCUACCUGAUCGGCGCCAUGCUUUCGACGGCUGUAAGCGGCAGCAGCGUUCACUGUUCAGAUGCAGAGCUCUUAACGAUCAGCCCGCCCUCUGGACAAAGUUGCGCCGAAUAUAUGAACCGCUAUAUUUCGACUGUUGGAGGAGUUCUUCUCGAUGGAAAUGCAACCUCAGAGUGCCGCUACUGUGCGCUGGACACAACCGAUGCCUUCUUAGCCGCUCUGAAUAUGUCGCCGUCGGACGCGUGGCGCGAUUUCGGGCUCAUGUGGGUGUACAUUGUAUUCAAUAUGGUGAUGGCGUUGUUCUUUUACUGGCUUGGCAGAAUGCCCAAAAACCGGGGUAAGAAUAAAAAGAGUGAUACGGACGAUACACCAGUUCUUGUGACGCCGCAUCCCGAACUCGCUGGCGAAGCAGAGCAGAAGUAG